AUGAGCUCAAUUUCGCACCAGGAUAUUCAACCCACCCCGAACUUGCGAAUAGAAAUAUUUACAUCAACCGAGCUUCUCACUCAGCCAUGGCUACCAAAGCUCACACAAAUGGUCAACAAAAGCUACCUCGUCAACCGCAAUAGCGCCAUCAAGCCACUUAGCAAUAAAGUCCGACUUUCCUCCGACGCCCAGCUCUCCAAAGAACUAGGAGCCGAAGGCUUCACAGCAAUUGCAUUCUCAAAUACAGAAACAGGCGAAACCGAUAUCAUCGGCACAGCAAGUAUCAAGGAAUGGAAAGACGAUGACCUUUGGACGCUGAUCCCUUUCAACAUAAGUACGGAAGAGGGCGAGCUCAAUGAUGAAAAUAAUCAAACUUUCGACAAACUUGACAGAGCUGGAGAGUAUGAGCUUUCUGUCGUGACACUUUUACCAGGUAAGCAUCGGGGAAAGGGAUUGGCUGGACUUCUUGUGAAAAAUUGUUAUGAAGAGCUUCUACGUCGGGAGAGGGCUAAGGUGGGGAACAACUUGAAUCGCCGGGCUGUUCCCGUUAUGAUUCGAACUUCUAGGGAGAAUAAUGGUGCUUAUUGGCUAAAGCAGGGGUUUGUACCUGUUGGGGGUAGAUUGUGUCCAAGGGGGUUUUGGGAUGCUGCAGAUGAGUUUACUAUGUGGGCGAUGAGAAGGGAGGUAUUGCUUUUAUAA